GGGAACAGCUGACGUCUGUCACCGGAAUCGCUCCUACUAGCUAGCUGGUUGAAUGAGUUGCUCGCUCGAGCCGUAGUAUUCUGAAACAGACAUGGAAUGUUGACGUUUGCUGUGUUUAAAACGAAAAGAAAAAUCAAGUAAUUCAUAUACGAAGAUCCAAGUUAAUAUUUGCGUUGUGAGCCUGAUAAAAUGAUGCGUUUCAUGUUGCUGUUCAGUCGGCAGGGGAAGCUGCGUCUCCAGAAGUGGUACACGGCCACGGCCGAGAGGGACAAGAAGAAGAUGGUGAGGGAGCUCAUGCAGGUGGUGCUGGCCCGCAAGCCCAAGAUGUGCAGCUUCCUGGAGUGGAGGGACCUCAAGAUUGUCUACAAGAGGUAUGCCAGUCUGUAUUUUUGCUGUGCGGUGGAGGAGCAGGACAACGAACUCAUCACUCUAGAGGUCAUCCACCGCUUCGUAGAGCUGCUGGAUAAGUACUUCGGCAGCGUAUGUGAGCUGGAUAUCAUCUUUAACUUUGAGAAGGCCUACUUUAUACUGGAUGAGUUUCUGAUGGGGGGGGAGAUCCAAGACACGUCCAAGAAGAGUGUUCUCAAGGCCAUCGAACAGGCCGACCUACUACAGGAGGAGGACGAGUCUCCGAGAAGUGUUCUAGAGGAGAUGGGCCUGGCGUAGUGACAGCAGGGUACUCUGAUUGCAGCACUUUUUAAUCAGGCAACAGACAGGCGAAGAGAUGGGACUUUGGGUUCCAUGUGCAACAGGGUGGAGGAAAGGGGGUUUGAU